CAUAGUAGAAUCCCCUCUUUCUGUAAAUCCAAAUGAAGUUUCUUUUACUAAUCAGUCUUUCUCUGCUUGGAUCUGCUGGAGGAGCAUCAGGUCAGCCUGAUGAACCUUCUGGCUCUAUUGAUCAUCAAGCUUCAGUUCAACAACUUCCAGGUGAGUACUUUUCACUUGCAAACCCUUCCAAUGCUGAGGCUUUAUAUGAGACUUCCUCGGGCGAGAACACUUUAAGCGAGCACAGUUCAAGUGAACAUGGUUCAAGUGAGCAUGCUAUGGCCGAGCAUACUUCUGAAGAACACCCAGCUGCAGGUGAACAUGCUUCAGCUGAGCAUGCUGCAGGUGAGCAUGCUGCAGGUGAGCAUGCUGCAGGUGAGCACACUUCAAGUGAACAGCCUUCAGGUGAGCACGCCUCGAGUGAACAGCCUGUGGCUGAGCACACUUUGGGUGAGCACGCCUCGAGCGAACAGCCUGUGGGUGAGCACGUCUCGAGUGACCAACCUUCGGGCGAGCAUGUCUCGGGUGAACAGCCUUCGGGUGAGCAUGCCGCAGGAGAACAACCUUCGGAUGCACCACUUUCAAGCACAUCUUUAGGUGCAAUGUUAAAUUGUCACACAUGCGCUUAUAUGAAUAAUCAAGGACAAUGUCUUCGUGGAGAGGGAAUCUGCACCACUCAGAAGUCCCAGCAGUGCAUGUUAAAGAAAAUCUUUGAAGGUGGAAAACUUCAAUUUAUGGUUCAGGGAUGUGAGAACAUGUGCCCAUCUAUGAACCUCUUCUCCCAUGGAACCAGGAUGCAAAUUAUAUGCUGUCGGAAUCAAUCUUUCUGCAACAAGAUCUAGAAGGCGUGCCUUACUU